CCAAACAAGCCGUAAAACUACUUCUUGAAUUCGAUAUCAUGAUCUUUAAAUGGCAGAUCUCUUUAUUAUUACUCAUUUCAUAAAAUUCAUGUCCAUAAUUUACAUCUCGUUUAAUAUUUUUAAGUAAAUAAUAGUAGUAAAAAGAAAUUAGAAUAAUUAUUAAAAUAAUUUCAAAAAGUUGUAAAUUGGUACAAGCAUAAAAACUGAAUGAACUGUACUUGCAAUGCAAGGCGCUGUCAAAGAAGGGUAUUGAGAAUUCUCAACUGGUCUGUAUUUGGGAACUUUUUGACUUGAUUUGAAUGGAUUCAAUCUCAACUGGGUUUUAGCCAUUUUUCAAGAAUAAGACAAGCUGGGCUUACUUCUACUUGCUGGAAUUUUAUCGCCAAUUAGCCUAUUCUUUUGUACAGGAAUGACGUUAAAGGCCAGUUUAGUUCAAAAGAUAGGUAAUGCAAUUAAGGAAGUGGCAAGGAAUAAAGGCUCAACAUGGUGGUACACACCUCACAUGGCUGCAGCUUCUCGUGCCAUAGCCGAACGAAUCCCAUUGGUUGAUCUUGUCCUUGAAGUGAGAGAUGCGCGGAUUCCUUUAUCAUCAAAAUGUGAGCUAAUUAAGAAUUUGUCACCUACCUUGAGGCGCAUUAUAAUUCUGAACAAGACAGAUUUAGCAAAUCACAUUCAAUUAAAGGAAUGGCUGAAAUACUUUGAGCAACGGAAGUGUCUUGUUUUUGGAGUCAAUUCCCAUAAUAAGGAUAACAUCAAAGAGUUACUGAACUUUUUGCGAGCUAGAGUUCGAGAACUACCAAAGACUGGUCAUGGUGAUCAGACAAUUACAUUAAUGCUUGUUGGCAUUCCUAAUGUUGGCAAGUCUGCCCUUGCCAACUCAUUGCAUCAAAUUGGAAGGAUCAGUGCAGCGGAGAAAGGAAGAUUAAAGCAUGCCAUAGUGAGUCCUGAUCCUGGAGAAACAAAAAAUAUUAGUGGCUUGAAGAUCGCCAGCCAUCCUAGUAUUUAUGUGUUAGACACACCUGGUGUUUUGCCGGCUGAGAUUCUUGAUGCAGAGGUGUGCUCCAAUCUAGCUUUAACAGGUGCAAUUAGAGAUUGCUUGGUUGGGGAAGUGGAGCUUGCGGAAUAUUUUCUAUCCAUCUUUAACUUGAGUGAUGAAUACAAGAAAUGGGCCAAGUUGUCAUUAUCAGGUGCUGAUGAUAGUUCUGAGUUGGAGAGAAGACAAAAGAGACAAUAUUUAACAGAUCACACGCAGGAUUUCAUUGUGAACAAAGUCCGAAGAAUGCUCUUCGAAGCAGUUUCAUCUUUCAAUGGAAACCUAGAGGAUGAGGAGAUCAUGCUGCAGCUUAUCCAAGCAGAGUUUGCUGUCCUUCGCGAUGCUUUUAAUUUGCCUCCUGAUUCGGAUGAUUAUGUUCGUAAAGUGGCUGCUAAAUUGCUUAAUCUGUAUCGUACUGGAAGGCUUGGUCAUUAUACUCUAGACCUUGUUCCAAAUAAUAACUAAGCAAGUCUAAUAGGUAAUAGCCUUAGUUUUGAGUUGUCUAAAUGAAAAGGCGUGGCAACUUUAGGGGGCUGUCUAUGUAGUCGACUAUGAUGAAAGUGUUGUUAUGCCACAUAGUGUAUUUUAUUAUUCUAAGUUAAGAUUGCAUUUCCGACGUUGUUAAGAGUCUUAAUUUUUUCUCUAGCUCAAUUUGUAGUUUGUUUUAUACAAAGAACAUCUUCAGGGUUUUUUCUAGAAUUCAAAAAUAGCCUCUCUACCUUCAAAAUGUAGGAGUAAAGUCUGCGUACACACUAC